AUGGGCCCGCCUCGCCCGCAUUCUGACUUCGCGCAAUUGACAUUGACAUCACUCACAUCCACAUAACAAUCAUCAUAACAACGAUUACUACUAUUACACUUAUUACUCCUUUUCGAAAUGGUUUGCGCAAAGUGUCAAAAGAAAUCGUCGAGCACCACUUCUUUGGCGACCCCGGAGGUCAAGAAGAAGAAUGAUAUGUAUUUUGGUUCGCCCGCUGGAUCAUCAUCAUCCAAGGCUGGUACGAAAACCUCCGCCACGUUAGGGAAUAAUGGCAUAGGCAAGGUAAGACUGAUCGUCGCAUACUAUGUCUGAAGAUUAACAUUGCGUCGUAGAGCAAAUUAUUGUCGAAAGCUGCGAGAAAUCCUUAUGCUACAUACUCGACAACCUGCACUGGGAAGGAGUGCAGCACCAAAGUUGACCAGGGUAGAAAAUAUUGUCUGAAGUGUUCAUACAAAGCGAAUGGUAUGUGGCUAUGCGCUCAGUCGGGGCUGUGUUACGAAGAUUCUAACAGGAAACCAGCCUGCGCAAUGUGUGGAAAGUCUAACUCAAAAACGUCAUCCACCGCCCCUGUCGUCGCCGGACAAAAGUUCAAUCUAAAAUGAGGAAAUGCAAGCAACUGGGACAGAUACAUCAAUGAAAUAUAUAUAUGGGGAACGGCGUCUGGAGUAUAUGCAUGGUCUUUAUGGCGAGCAGACAAUGGCUCAUGAAUUUGCUUGGUAUUUAUGAAUUAGCAGGAAACAUUACAACGUUCAUUGCUAUAGAAGGGAUAAUCAAACUGAGGCACUCGAGAACAUAGGAUUAUACCGAUCAUUGAAUCUUCUUUUCCACCUACCGGAGGAAUAUACUUCAUAUACUGCCUGCAACGCAUCGAAUUACGAUAUCGGAUAUACACUUGUGAGUGUAUAUCCGGCAUAGCCACAGGUGGAAACCAGAAUUUAUAUGAGAUAGCACUGAACGAAUAAUAAGAUUUCAAUGUAAUUCUGGAGCAAAGAUCCACAGUCGCUGUACGGAUUCAAGAAUAGACACGAUAGGUACUGGAGCAUAGCAAUCUCCUGGAACGAUCCUUUGUAUGCUUCAGGUUUGAUUUAACGUCUCAUUUUGAAUCAAACAAUCAACUCUCAAAAUUUGAAAGAGAACAAAAGAAAAGAGAAAAAGAGGAGGGUGAUCGGGUUAGUUGCGAUU